UUUAUUUUAGCUGUUAAACGUUUGAUGAAAGAAGCAGCGGAAUUGAAAGAUCCUACAGAUCAUUACCAUGCGCAGCCAUUAGAGGAUAACCUGUUUGAAUGGCACUUCACAGUUAGAGGGCCUCCAGAUUCUGAUUUUGAUGGAGGAGUUUAUCAUGGACGGAUAGUUCUCCCACCAGAGUAUCCCAUGAAACCACCAAGCAUCAUUCUCCUUACGGCCAAUGGACGAUUUGAAGUAGGCAAGAAAAUCUGUUUGAGCAUCUCAGGACAUCAUCCUGAAACUUGGCAGCCUUCAUGGAGUAUAAGGACAGCUUUAUUAGCCAUCAUUGGGUUUAUGCCAACCAAAGGAGAGGGGGCCAUAGGCUCUCUAGAUUACACACCUGAGGAGAGAAGAGCGCUCGCCAAAAAAUCACAAGAUUUCUGCUGUGAAGGAUGUGGCUCUGCCAUGAAGGAUGUCCUAUUGCCUUUAAAAUCUGGAAGUGGUUCCAGUCCGGCUGACCAGGAAGCCAAGGAACUGGCUAGACAAAUCAGUUUUAAGGCAGAAGUUAAUUCAUCUGGAAAAACUAUUGCUGAGUCAGACUUAAGCCACUCUUUUUCACUGAAUGAUUUACAAGAUGAUAUACCUACAACAUUCCAGGGUGCUACGGCCAGUACAUCGGAGGGAGGCCAGAGUCCCCCGGCAGCAUGCCUUCAACAAGCCCCCCAGCCUGCAGCCAAGAAUACCUCCAUGAGCCCUCGACAGCGCCGGGCCCAGCAGCAGAGUCAAGGAAGGUCGUCUGCUUCACCAGAGGGAAUCCAGGGCCAGCGGCCACGAGACAACCACACUGACCAUGGCGGGUCAGCCGUACUGAUUGUCAUCCUGACUUUGGCGUUGGCUGCUCUUAUAUUUCGACGGAUAUAUCUAGCCAAUGAAUACAUAUUUGACUUUGAGUUAUAAUAUUGUUUUGUGACUUAAGAGCUGUGACUCAGCUGCUUCAUUAAACAUUCUGCAUUGGGUAUAAUCUAAGACUUGUUUACAAAAAGAUCACUUUGUAUUUAUCCUCCAUUCCUUUUUUUGAUCCGUGUAAAUUCAGUAUAAAUACAGGUAGACAUUCAGACUGUCCAGCAGUGUGUCCUGCCUAGUUUAAGGGAGCGGAAAUCCAAGUUCCUUACCUCGCCAUCUGAUCUGCUUCACAGGGAAAUAACUUAUUGUUUCUCAUGCCUCAGCUUCUUUUUAUGUACAUUUGUGAUACUUUUCUGUAUAGCCCUUUGAAAUUUUUGGAUCAAAGAUGAUGUUUUAAGUUCCA